CAGAGACCCAGAGGAGGCUACACUUCACUCUGUGCUGACACAGCUGACCUGAACAGGUUAAACAUCAGAGAAAAAUACCAUCAUAAUGUCAAAAGCAGUUGACAGGAACAAGGUGUUCCAAACCACCAGGGUACGGACAUCACUGAAGAAUGAUGAGUAUUGGAUCCAGAGGUCUAAACAGGAAAAGAAAGAGGAAGACAAAGCAAGUACCGAUCAGGCUGUGGAGAGCAGGCUUAGCUCAUACGUCCUGUCCACAGCCAAGAAAUUUGAAGCAAUAGACUCUUCACAGAGCACUUCUCUCCUAACGGCUCCAUCUGAAGGCAAUUCAGCAAAUCAGGCAAAUGGUGAAGUUAUUCCCCCAAAAGAUGCUCAGCCUGAGGGGUCAACAGUGGGGCCCACAGACGAUGCAAAGCUCCAAGCACCCACAGAAGAAAUGAAUGUUGAGGCACAGCUGGAAAUACCAAUUGCUAACACCAUUGCAGAAAACAAAAAACAACAUGCUGCAGAGAACAAGUCAACUGUAGAACCAAGUGAUGGGGCUGCAGAGCUUCAUUUUGCAGGAAGUAUCCAAAAUGGUGAAGCCCCAGCAGUUUCUUCCACACAGGAAAAUCCAGAGGCAGUGUCUCAUGUGGAGACAGCUGAGCAACCACUUGCCGAUGCAACUGCAGAAAUCAAGGGAGUUCAAUCUGAUGCAACAAUUGAGCAAUCAAAAAUAGAACUCAAUGAAGCCAUAAUGGCUGCAGAUGCUCCUUUGGAAGAUCCUGCUGCAGAAACCUCUGCUGUGGCUGGCACAGAGGAGAGCAAAGGCAUCACUGAAGUCCCUGCUGCACCUGUGAUCAAACGGAAACCUCAAGAGGAACCUUCAAUCACAACAGAGUCGACACACAUGACACAUUGGGAGGAUGGAGGAGUAAAAUCAACUGCUCAAACUGCAGAGGAAAGUUGUGAGAAAGGUCUUCCAGAACAAGCAGCAGUAGUUGUUGAAGCUGAUGCAAUUAAUACAACAUCUGGAGAAGAAACUGCUCUCCAAGACAACGUUGAACCAGUGCCUGACUUAGUGUCAGAAUCUCUUUCUGAGAUGCCUGCUCAACCUGCUGCUGAAAUGUCUACAGAGGGAAGUUGUGAGAAAGGUCCUGCAGAAAAGGAACCAAAAGAAGUUGUAGCUGAGGCUGCUGUGGAUUCUUCGCCUGAGGCACCCGCUGUUACAAAUGCAGCAAGAGAAGAGAGUGAAACCCAAGUCAGUGUGAAAUCUGUCCCUGACUUGGUGGCAGAAUCAAUAUCUCAAGUGCUGGCUCAACCUGCUGCUGAAACGUCUACAGAUGAAACCUGCGAGAAAGGUUCCCUAGAACAGGCUGCAGUAGAAAUGGUUGAAACUGUAACUGAGGUGGUGGAAGUGUCACCAUCUGACACUAUUGACAUUGUUAAUACAACACCAGGAGAAGAGGCUGCUGUCCAAGAUAAUGUUGAGGCUGUAGCUGAGGCUGCUGUGGAUUCAUCACCUGAGACCCCUGCUGUGACCAUUGAGGCAGGAACAGAGACUCCUCUCCAAGUCAGUGUUGAACAAGUCCCUGUCUUAGUAGCUGAAUCUGUAGCUGAAGUGCCGGCUCAACUUGCUGCUGAAACUGCAACAGAGGGAGGUUGUGAGAAAGGUUCCCAAGAACAGGCUGCAGUAGAAGUUGUUGCAGUGGUGGUUGAGGUUGUGGAAAAGUCACUAUCUGAUACAAGUGACAUGGUGAAUGCAACACAAGGAGAAGAGGCUGCUGUGACAUUAGCAGCAGAAACAGAGCCUCCUCUCCAAGUCAGUGUUGAGCAAGUCCCUGACAUAGUGGCAGAGACUCUAUCUGAAUUUUCUACCCAAGCUGCAGUCAAGUCUGCACCCUCAGAAGAGAGGGUUUUGGAGACCAAAGCCGAACAGGUAGCUGAAGUCCAGCCUGUUUAUAACACUGUUGUCGAGCAAAUGGUUGAACCGACUCCUGAAAGAGCAACGAAUCCUCUGAUGGAGUUGAACAUCGAGGAAGCUCUUCUUGAACCUGUACCAGCUUCAGAACACGUUCAGGAUAAGUCCUCUGACAGUACCAUUGAACAGUCAAAGGCAUUGGACGUGGAGCCACCCAAAACUGAAGCUGCACCCAAGCCUCAGAAAGAUCCUAAACCUGCCGACCAGAACCAAAACCCCGAUAAUACUAGGAAUACCAAUGUUUGUUCGUACUGUGACAAAUUAAUUGAUGGAAAUGUGAAGUUCUACCUCAAUGAACCUGUGAUCACCUGCCACCCCGACUGUCUAAAGUGUGGUGUGUGUGCUACAGACCUUGGAGAUUUGCUGACCGCCAUUUUCUUGCACGGCCAAAUGAUCCAUUGUGGUGGCUGCUUUCAGAAAACUCUCAUUAUCUAAAGCCUAACUUGUGUCGCUGGAGGGUACUCAAAGUGAUUGAUAUGCUUUAUUGUUUUUUAACCUUCUUACCUACUGAAAGUUUAUUGAAGACAUAGUUUAUUGUCAGAAUGUAAGACUUCCGUAAUGAUUUUUGGCAGCAUGUUACUUUAAGUACAAAAGGCCAAAGAUGCUUGCCCAAAAUACAGUCAACAUAAAAUAUUUGUAUUGCAACAAACUGUAUAGGAUUGAAUAAAAUCACAUUUAACUGA